AUGGCUGUAUUUGAUUGGAAAAAACUUGUAUCGGAAAUGUCAAGUCGGUGUCCGUUUUUGCUCGAUUUGCUCCUUGUGGUGAUGAAAAAGACAAAGGAAGAUCUACAUGAUAUCCUCCCAAGACUUGGCCUUUGUUAUUCAAUUCUAAUGCAAACAAGGAAUCGCGAGCUUAGUUUGGUGCAACGGUUGAACACUGUGUUGAUGACGAAUGGAAAUGCAAAGAAAGAGCUUUUCAGACAAUGUCAAAAAAUGGGUUUCUCCUUGUCGCAUCAAAGCAAGACCAACCUUCUAGAUAUUAUUGGCAGCCACUUUUCAGACAGUGUCGUUAAAGCUGUCAAGGACGGUAAGAAUCUGCAAGGCACUGGCGAUAACUGGGACAUGAAGAUUCAUGUUCAUGACAUGCAAUCCUCCCAUCAGAAUCAAGAUCUUCAUUACUUUGCCUCCAACCUGAUUGUUGAAAGAGUGCCAUGCCAAAAUCUUUCAUCAACUGCACCGCAAAGAGAUAUCACAAAACUGUCAAACUCAAUUUUCCUACUUAGUGACGAAGAAGAAAUUAAGUUACGGGAAGAUUUUAAAGUGCUGGUUGGAAGAGUCCUUGUCACUGGUAUCCAAAGUUUAUCAUUCCUGAAGAGUGUGAUACCUGAACAUAUUCCCCAUAAAUACCAGAAAGAGAUGUCCGAAAAAUCAAUUAUUGUUCCUCUGCCCAUGCAGCUGAAAGACGAGAAAAAGUACAGUGUAGUUGACAUCCUCGAUUAUUAUGAAAACGAACUGGAGGAUAUUUACACCAAGGCGGAAGUUAUUGAGAAACCAGCUAAGCAGAAUGAACAACAACCUUUCCAUUUGGUGGUGAUCAAAUGA